AUGCGGCAAUUUGGGGCUAUCGUCUUGCUCGGCCUCAUAGGCAGCACUCUCGUCGCCGCUACGCCUUUUGACCAGGAGAAGCAGAAUCGCGACGCGGAAUGUGAUAAUGGCUGCUUCUUUAGAAGUUUCCCCGGCGGCUCAUGUACCAACGACGCUGCGUGCAUGUGCACGCAGCAGAAAUACCGUGAGAGGUACUUUUGCUGCAUGUCUGAGAAGUGCGAUGCUUCGGUCCUGCCCGACUCGAUCCAGCGCCAGACCUCUGAAUGCGAGGCGAGGAAUAUGCCGUUUACUUUCGACACCGAGGCGGUUUGCGGGAUCAAGUUGAGCACGAAGGUAUCGCCGUAUCCGACGCAGACUGUGACGAUCACUGCCACUGCUGGAAGCUCCGAGGCUGCGGCGACUGUGACGGGAGCCACGACGACGGGAACGGGAGCUGCAACGAUAGAAGCUGCUACGGGGACGACGACGGAGGGUGCGUCUUCAGUUGUGACUACGGGGAGUGUGAGUUCCUCCACAGGUGAAUCUGCUGCUUGGAGGGAUGCGCCGCAAGGGAAGAUUGUGAUGGGUGCUGCUGUUGCGGGAGUCGCUUUUGGGAUGUUUGUAUGGUAG